AUGCCUUGGAAAACGUUCGGCGCGAAAAUCUUUGUCGGGAAAAAGAUAGCUGUAGAUAUCUGGAAUAUCAAGUUCCAAGAACUUGUGGAUUUCAAGGAAAAGCAUGGUCAUUCUAGACUUCCACAGAGCUAUCCAGAGCUCGGGAAAUGGGUUUCGGAACAGCGAGAUAUCUUCUAUCAAGGGCGGCUAUGUGACGAGAGAUUUGAGAGAUUAAAAGAACUGGGCUUCACCUGGGAUGCCAGCAAGGAGUCGUCUGCUGCUGCCAACUUGAAGACUGAAGAACAGGAAGAAGGGGCAAUCAGCUCAGCUCCAAUGCGGCGUAGUCACACAACGGCAAGGAAGAAAAGGUCGUCAUCGGCGUUGCGUCGUGAUAAGGACAGAACGUCUGACAGUUCUUCUUCUUCUGAGGAGGCACCAAUACAGGAGGGCAAAUCAAGUGGGGUGCCCGAAAAGAUGCAAGAGUGUGAUGAUGAUGAGGAGGAUAGAGACUUUUGCCAGGAACGUGUCAUCGAAGAUGCAGUAAAUGCAGUACUGGAGGAGAAGGAAACAGAAGAUGAGGAAGGGGAAGGAAGGGGGGUAGAUACUGCAAUGUCUGGAAAGAAUGGAAAUGCCAACCAAGGCAAUGAUAUGAGUGAUUCUGAUGAAGAACUCUCUAAUGAUGAAACAACCAAGCCUCCGCCCUCCAAGAAACUCAAGCAUGCUGGCACAGGGCUUCAACGACUUGAACUUCUAUCUCGUAAUGGGGCGACGGUAACCCGUCAAAGCAACGAAAUGACACUCAACGAUCUUCGUAAACAAGUCAGUGACCUCCAAGAUAUCGUCCAACAACAGCGGAGGACUCUCAAGCUAAAGCACAAAGUAGUCCUUGCGCAGAAUGGGGUGUAUAAGGACCAAGAGGACACUAUAGAACGGCUCAGAGACACAGUCAAGGAGCAGUAUGAUGACAUAAACGCAAAGGACAAAGAGCUGAAGAGUCUCAAGAUGAAGCUUCAGGAGAAACGAGAACAGGACGACGCGACAUCGUCGAAUACCGGUACGCAGGACACCAACAAUGAUCGGAUCCAUAAUGUACCUAGUCGAGGCAGGAUGCUUCGGAACAUCCAAGACCAAAGAAUUGAACUCCUGGAGGCAGAAAAGGAGUUGCUUCAGUACGAUGCAAAUAAUAUGCAGAACAAAAACACCCAUGGUGAUGUACCAAGUCGAGAGCAGCUGCUGCGGAAAAUCCAAGACCAAAGAAUUGGUCUGCUCGAGGAAGAGAACAAACUGCUUCGCUUUGACGCGAAUAUGCAGAACACCCACACGGAUCAGCUCAGUGGAUGGGCCGAAGAUGACGCCAAUGAAAUCUGUGCACUCCAGCGUCAAAACGAGGCUCUUCAGCGUCGGAUCGAGGCUCUCGAGCGUCGGGAAUGA